GCUCGAAACUCCUACAUGGUAUCAAGCCCUGUGACCGUGAGGAUUGCUCGUCCAGAUAGCAGUCUACCCCGUUCCCCCCUGGAGCAGGUCGUGAAUUCAGCUAUACCCUCACCAUCCAGUGAUGCCCCAGACCCAUGUGCAAAGGAGACUGUGAUGAAUGCACUUAAAGAGAGUCGGAAAAGGGCAGUGGAGGAAGAUGACCAGAUCUUCUCUGAUGCCCAGGAAAAUAAGCGAAGGCGCCAUGACAGCAGUGGGAGUGGACAAUCAGCAUUUGAACCCCUCGUGGCAAAUGGAGCCCCAGCAUCUCUUGUUCCCAAGCCUGGAUCUCUGAAGAGAAGCCUCACUUCCCAGGGUGCAGAGGAUAACUUGAAUAAGAGAUCUCGUACCUCGUCUACUAGCUCUUUGACUAGCACCUACCCAGGGGGCAUCCCAAGCUCUAUGCGUAAUGCCAUCACCAGCUCCUACAGUUCCAGCAGGGGUUUCUCCCAGCUCUGGAAGAGGAGUGGCCCCAGUACCUCACCUCUCUCUAGCCCCGCCUCAUCUCGCUCCCAGACUCCAGAGAGGCCUAUGAAGAAAGCACGAGAAGAGUUUCAUCAGUCAAGCAGUUUGACUCCUGUGACUUCAGACAAGGAAUCCCAGGCAGAUAAGGUGAUAGAUACCCCCACAAGGAAGAAGCAGAGCUCCUGGCAGUCCCCUCCUACCUCUGGCAGUGGUGGAAAGCGCAGGCGCAAGGUUCAGUUAUUGGCUUCUCGGCGAGGGGACCAGCUCACCCUGCCCCCACCUCCCCAGCUUGGUUACUCAGUCACUGCUGAAGACCUAGACUUAGAAAAGAAGGCUGCAUUGAAGUGGUUUAACAAAGUCUUGGAGGAGAAGCCAGAUCCCACGCCACCACCCUCUGUCACAGAGGCCUCCCCUGCCCCCCAGCCAGUCUCCUUCACCUUACCGUCCCCAGAGACCACUUCUUCACCUGCUACAGCUGCUCCUUCAACUUCCAGUACCAAUCCCCUGCUGGAUAGUCUGAAGAAGAUGAAGAACUCCCCAAGCCCUGCAGCCCCCACAGAUCUGGCUGGAGUAGCAGCUGCUGGGGCCCCUUCCCCUCUGAAGAAAGCCAGCCCACCAGCUGCCCCGGGGCCCUCAGAGCCAGGGCCCCCUGCCACCACCACCACCACUACCACCACCACCACCACCACCUCUUCUUCCUCCAAAGCCAUCCCAACCUUCUCCUUGACCUCUUCAGCCAACCAGGCCUCCCCAAAGCCAGUGUCAGACAGCUCCAGCAAGCCCUCCACCACGGCUUCCCCCAAGCCUAGCAUUCUCUUUGGAAUGCUGAGUACCCCUUCCCCAGCCCCUACCCCUCCUGCCCCAGCAGCAACUCCUGCUGCCCCUCCUGCCACUCCCACACCCAUGUUCAAACCCAUUUUUGGGGAUCCCCCUAAAAUGGAGAGUGGGGCUUCCUUGCCUGCUGCCCCCUCCACCACCACUUCUGUGUCUUGUGGCUCUGUCCUCCCCACUGCUCCCAGCACCUCCACAGCAACCUUUAAGCCCAUCUUUGGUAACAUGGGCCCACCUACAUCUGUGUCCUUGGCCUCUACAUCCCCCUUCUUGAAACAACCCUCUUCUGUAGCCCCCACCACAGCUGUCACCACAGCUGUCCAGGGACCCCUCUUUAGUGGCCUCCCCAUCGUCCAGUCCACUGCUGCACCUGCCGCCACCACCUCCACCUCUGCCUCUGCCACCACCACCGCCACCUCUGCCUCAUCCAGUGGGACCACUGACUCAGGCUCCAAACCCACCUUCAGCUUUGGGCUGAGCAGCUUGGCCAGUGCCACAACCAGUGCCCCCACCACCACCCCCAGCACCAGCACAUCAACCGCUGCCCCCUCAGGAUCCCAGCCUUUCCUCUUUGGGGCUGCUCCUGCCCCCAGCGCCAGCUUCACCCCAUCUACUGGCUCUGUGUUCCAGUUUAGUAAGCCCUCGGCUGCCGUUACCACUGCAGCAGCAGUCACAACCUUUGGUGCCACGCAGACGGCCCCCAGCAGCACUGCUGGCUUUGGGUUUGGGGGCACCGUCAGCACAGCAGCCCUGCCGACCACCAGCCAAGUGACCUUGACGUUUGGCCCCUCCACCACCACUACAGCAUUCAGCACCCCUUUCAGCUCCAGUGUCAAGACGCUGCCACCCCCACCCUAUCCCGGAGCCACAUCUCAGCCCGCUUUUGGGACUGCUGACGGGCAGCAGCAGCAGGCAGCCAACAAAGCGGGGCCUGCCACGAGCUUCAGUAGCACGUUCAACUUCGGAGGUUCCACAACCCCAAGCCCAGCCCUUGCCCAGCCAGCCUUUGGCGGGACGAAGCCACCCACCUCCUUUGGGACUCCUGCCAGCACGCAGCCAGCCUUUGGUGGCACCAACACGGUCUUCUCUUUCGGCACGACCACCACCUCCAACUUCGGGGCCACCACACAGACCACCAGCAGUGGUACUGGCAGCUCCAUGUUUGGCGGCAUGAACCUGGCCCCUUUCACAUUUGGGAGCUCCACAGCUGCAACCAGCAGCGGGGGCUUUGGGGUCAGUGCAGCUGUCCCCGGAACCAGUUCGACCAGUGCAGCCUUCAGCUUUGGAGCAGGCCAGAGCGGAACAGCCAGUGCCACUGCCCCCUUUGGGGGUGCCUUGAACCAGAACCCCCUAGGUGCCCCAAGUCAGAGUGCACCCUUUGCCUUCAGUGUGGCCAACACCCCGGAGAACAAGCCUGUGUUUGGAGGCACUUCCACACCUACCUUUGGCCAGAAUGCUCCAGCCCCCGGAGCAGGCACAGUGGGCAGUAGCCUUUCCUUUGGGACCCCGAGCACCCCAGCCCAGGGCUUUGUGGGAGCAGGGCCAUCUUUCGGACCAUCGACCCCUUCGUUUUCCAUUGGUGCAGGAUCCAAGACCCCUGGGGCCAGGCAGCGACUACAGGCCCGGAGACAGCAUACUCGAAAGAAAUAGCCCGCGCGUAUCGCCCGCUGCCCCCCUUUCCUUCCUUCCCCCACCCCCCGGCUCCUGCUGUGAAGAGCCUUAUCCCUGCCCCUGUUUUUGUACAGCGAGCCCCCCAACCUCACCCCCCACUUCUCCAGUAGUGGCUGCCAAGAAGGCAGCUGGGAAGUGGUAGGUAGGGUGGGAACAAACCCUUUUUACUUGAACAGUUCCACUGCUGAAACUGGAGAAACUUGUGUACAUACCGUCAGCCUUGCCUUGCCUUUCCUUUCCUGACUCGUCUCCUUGUGUGUGUGCGUGCGCGUCAGCUUGGCCGAGGAACCCCUUUCCUGCCCCCUCCCUGCCAGCCCCGUGCAGCCCGAGCCUCCCAGUUCUCCUCCCGCUCCACUUGGUGUGGCUGCCAGGCCAGCUUUCUUGCUUAUUUCGCCUUGGGCUCUCGAUUCCUGCUCCUUGGACUUUGUCCCAGGGAAAGCCUUCCUUCUUUUGGCAUUAAUCUGGCUUGGUGUUUGCCUUGGGGAAGACUCUCCAGGAGGUGGGAGAAGCCUCCCUGGAGGCUUUUCCCUUCCCCUGGAGAAAAAGAGGAAUGUCCUCACCAGUCUUCCCUUGGCCAGGCUAGCCUUAAGGGCCUCGGUGAUUGCCACCGAGCUAGCCAAUCGAGGAGGAAGCUGCCUUCCCCUGGGAGCCUCUGUUGGCCAACAGGGGAGCAGGCCAGGUCCCACCCCGCUGCUCUUGGCUUUUCUCCCUCUCCUCCCCAGUUUUUGUUCUCUGGGUUUGUCUGUAUAAAGCUGUGUCCUGUCCAUGUUGCGCUGUCUGAUACUCAUUGAAUCGAGUUUGGAGGAAAAAUGUAUUUGUGUGAGUGGCGGCAUGUUGGUAAUGCCGGACUUGAUGUUAAAAGCUUUUGGGGUCCAGGAGUUUCCCACAGAAGCUGGACCCCCCCCAAUUGGAUGUAGAAUGUGGCCAUGAGACGCUGCAUGUGUGGAGUGACUCCUGAAUUUUCCAACAGUGUUUUGACUUGAAGGGAUGGCAGCCCAGGAAGGAAUGAGGCCCAAGGGACAGGGUGCUGUGAAUGUAAGCCGAGGCUUAAGGCCUCCCCUUGCUUUGGGCUCCCCUACACACAGACACACACACAGACACACACACAUGCACACGUCCCCUAUUCCUCGCACACAUCUUUGGGAUACACAGUAGGGCAGGGUGUCCCUAAAUUAGUGGAUAAUCUGAUUUUACUGCUGGGUUGCAUGCCUUUCUAGGGUUUGGGGGGAAAGGGAGGAUGAGGAGGAUCUCGGAUCAGAUGUUUGUCCGAGGACAUAAUCGAUGUAGCCAGCCUCCUUCCUGUUCCUUUUGGGCCAAGGAGGAAAGCCCUGUUCAGUAAGCAAGCUUAGGGCUCUGCUUAGGGACUUGCCCCAUCCUCUUGAAACCAAUUUAGCCCAAAGCCCCCUCUCCCUGGCCCAGGAGCCUUGCUGCUACGCCAUCACUUUUGGGAGAAGUGUGAAUGUGUGUGGGUGAUUUGCCUAAGUCUAAAUUUAAAAAAAAAAAAAAGAAAUAUUUAAACUUUUUUUAACAAAAUAAAAUUUAUUUUUAUAUUUAAGCUAAAUUGCCUUUUGAAUUCCUUCAAGCUUGGUUCAUUGAGGCUGUUAAGAAAGUACAAAGCUGUUGUCCAGAAAUUAGCUGAGCAGUUAGAUCUGGGGGAGGAGGAAGCCUGACUGUCUGUGGGAGGAUGGGCUCGCUCAGACUCCCUUCUCCCCCAGGGAAUCGUUCUACAAAAUGUACUUACUUCUUUUCUAAUAAUGUGAUGUAUGUGAAUGUGGCUAGGGCAAGGUUUUCCCCCCUGUGAUAGCAGCUCUGGUGGUUGCCAUUUUUGAGGCAGGAGAAGGGGAGUGGAGCAUUGGGAGAUCUCUGAAGCUCCUUCUUGUGUCUCAGCCACUGCUUAGUUUCACAGAGCCUUUGGGAGAGAGCUUCAUUGGGCUGAAGCGGCCUUGGCCUGCCAUGGUGGGCACAAGAGCCUGUUACAAUCAGUGCCCAGAGAGCUGCCAAUGCCCACCCCACUUGAGGCCUCAGCCCUGUGCAGGUACAUGCACAAGACCAGACAGGAAUGGGAGACAAAAUUUUCUUUCCAUGACAAGACACUGUUCCUGUUGAGCCUGGUGGGAAUUUAGUGUGAAUGUGCAAUUUUUUUUCCUUGCUUCUUAUAAUGUCAUUGAUUUUAAAAAUAAACAAAACUGUGAUCUCCA